AUGCAGAUCGACGAGAAACUUAUCAAGAUAUUUCUAGAACGUCUACCUGCAGAUGUUAAAACGAUUUUGGCGUCCGGUUCUCAAGAUCUCACGGUCUCACAGCCCGCUGAAAUGGUGGAUCGAAUGAUAGAGGCGCAGCGGUUCCAGCGGCCUUCCGCUGCCAAGAUCUCCACAUCCUCAUCGACGGUGAAUGAGCAUUUAACGAAGCAGAUGUCGGUCAUGGGGAUGGAAUGGCCCCCUUAAACUAUAGCUUGUCCGCCUUACUUCCAGUCGCUCACCCAGCCGUCGACGUUCUCGCUCGCUAAUUCGGACUGCCGAUAUUUGUUGGCAUAUACAAACUUCGGUGCCAAGGCCCGUCGCUGUUCUUCGCCCUGCUCUUUUAAGUUGAAACAGGGAAACCAGUCAGUUAGAGAAUAUACGCAAACGUUUUCUCUGGCUCUGUCUUGGAUACAGCUAUUGUUAGCCCCUUUCAGGUACUGCUCGUUAAAUACCCCAACAUAAUCUACCCUCAUUGGUGAGGUUCAACAAGACGUCGUGCACCAUAUCCGUACCUAACGUCCUCCUGUGUUCGCUCGCCUAGACGACUAGCACCGGCCCGUUUUCAGGUCGCGAUGGUGGAGUUUGAAUACAUGCUGCAACUGGGAAUCAUUCGACCGUCCGAGAGACCCUGGGCGUCUCCCCUGCACAUGUUGCCCAAGGCGACAUCAGGCGACUGGAGACCCCUGGUGACCAUCGUGCCGUCAACAACGUCACCAUUCACAAUCGGUGCCCUGUGCUUCAUCUUUAGGAUUUUGCUGGAGCCCUUUUCUGCAAAGCGGUUUUCUCGGAGAUUGACCUGGUGAGUGCCUUUCAUCAGAUUUCUGUCGCUCCUGAGGAUAUCCCCGAAACUGCCGUCAUUACACCUUUUGGCCUCUUUGAAUUUAUUCACAUGUCCUUCGGUCUUCGUAAUGCCGCCCAAACGUUCCAGAGGUUCAUUGAACAUGUCUUAUGUGGACUACAGUUUGUGUACGCCUAUAUCGAUGACCUUUGGUGGUCAACUAAAAUGCGAGAGAACACAAAGAGUAUCUUGCCUCGGUAUUGGAUCGCCUCGACAAGUAUGGCGUCGUUAUUAAUCCCUCAAGGUGUGUUUUUGGUGUGCCUUCCCUUGAAUUUCUUGUCCAUCUUGUUGAAUCAGAAGGUUUGAGUCCCCUUCACUUCAAGGCCGAAGCCAUUCGUGAUUUUCCCCUACCAACCUCUAAGCGUCCGCUGCAACGUUUUCUCGGCAUGGUCAACUUUUACCGCCGGUUCCUACCAAACUGUGCUUACCUUAUGCAAUUACUCAUCAACAUGCUCUCUGAUCCAGAUGAUCCCCUCGAGCUUACUGGUGACGCACUGACUGCUUUCGAAAGAAUCAAGACCUCCUUUGUUGGCGCUACCUUGCUCACGCAUCCUACUCCAGAAGCCCCGCUGUCCCUUCGAUCAUUGCCGUAGAAGCAGUCGUUCAACAACACCUAACCGACCCCUCACGACCGUUGGUUUUUUUCUCUAGCAAACUGUCGCCUGCUGAGACGAGAUAUAGUGCCUUUGGUCGUGAGCUUCUUGCCGUUUACCUGGCUGUGAAACACUUUCGACAUUACCUUGAAGGUCGUGACUUCUCAAUUUUCGCUGACUGUAAGCCACUUACAUGUGUUAUACCAGAACAUUUAGACAAAUACCACCCGAGAAAGAUGGCUCACUUGGACUACAUUUCCAAUUCACCAGUGAAACCCGCCACAUUGAUGGCACGAAGAAUGAGGUUUCUGACAUGCUGUCCAGGUCUUCCAUAUCGGCGUUUCAUCUCCCUCAUUGAAUUGACCUUUGUUCUAUGGCGAAUGAGCAACGGCGUGUUGGUUGUCCGGAUGACGAGUCCGUUAGUGGUCUUCAAAUCCUAAACGUCCAUUUGACCACUGGUACCGGUACGAUCUUGUCUGAGGUCUCGACUCUUGCUCAUCGUUCUAUUGUGCCCGUCUCGAUGCGUCGAGCUUUUUUCAAACUCUCCAUGGACUCUCCCACCCUGGGAUCCGAGUCUCACAAAAGCUCUUCACGGAAAUGUUCGUCUGGCCUGGCAUGAACAAAGACGUCAAAGUUUGGGCGCGGUCGUGCCUGAAUUGCCAGCGCAACAACGUGCAAAGUCACAAGUCCCCACUAGGCGCAUUCCCCAGCCCCGACGCGCGGUUCAGCCAUGUGCAGCUGGAUGUCGUAGACUCCUCGCCUCCAUCCAAUGGCUAUACCCACCUUCUUACCUGUAAUGAUCGGUACACCCGCUGGGCUGAAGCCAUUUCUUUGCCGAAUAUGCAGGCUGAAACCAUCGUGAAGGCCUUCGCCAGUCGUUGCGUAGCCAUGCUCGGUGUCCCCUCCACGGUAACGACUGAUCGUGGUCGCCAGUUUGAGUCUGCACUCUUCCAAACGUUCCCCAAUUUUCUCGGCUGCACACGCAUUCUGACGACAACCCACCACUUAGCUGCCAACGGUAUGGUUGGGCGUUUCCAUCGUCACCUAAAGACCGCCCUGUUUACCGCAGAAGACCCGGGGAACUAG